AAACGUUAUCCAAACACCACUUUUAAAAAACUUUAAUAACAUUUUAGGACUGAACCUGCUUUUAGUGACGACCUAAAACUCUUCACCCCGACGGCGCCGCCUUCAGCUCUCGCCGGGGAUGGAUUCAUCAGUAGAAGCUGUGGAGAAGAUCUUGAACUACAGUUUCACGAACAAGAAUCUUCUCAAGGAAGCGACAACGCAAACCUCUCCUGAUUGCGUGGGCUCAUCUCCUUUAUUCAAGCGGCUUGAGUUCCUCGGCGAUGCGGUUCUUGAGGUCGCCUUGUCGAAUCACAUUCACCUCACCUACCCUACUUCCACUUCCACAUCCUGGGAGGUGCAUAGCCUGCGACCUCCAAAUGUUAGUAACGAGAAAUUCGCUCGUGUCGCCCUCAAUCACAACCUCUACCAACUCCUUAAACGUGACCUUCCUUUUCCUUCGUUAGAUGAAGAGGUUAAAGAGUUCACAGAGGCUGUGAGCAAAGAAGAUGGUCCUGUUCCGUAUGGUGGAGUGGUGAAAGCACCAAAAAUUCUUGCUGACAUUGUAGAGUCAAUAGCUGGAGCUCUUUAUGUUGAUGUGAAUUUUGAUUUGCAAAGAUUUUGGGAGAUCUUCAGGGGUUUUUUGGAGCCAAUAUUUACACUUGAUGAUAUAAAGGAGCAACCUGAAGAAACAUAUCUUGCGCUUUCUCGUUUGGGUGAUAAACAUGGCAAGCGAAUAGACUUCAGGUAUUACGAACAAGAAAGAAGAGGAUUUAUUGUUGAGGUAUAUCUUGAUGAUGAGUUUAUAGCAGCUUCGAGGUUUGUUAAAGGUAAAGAUCGAGCCAAGCUGCUCGCUGCUACGGAAGCGUUACAGAAGUUGUCAGAACGUAUGCCCACUGAAAAGAUCAAUAGUGAUGAUAAUCUAGACUUCGAAAAUGAAGAUGUGAAACGAAAGUUGUUUGAGAUUUGCUCCUCUGAAAAGCUCCAGUUACAGACUCGAUCAUCUUCUUCGCCCACUGCCUCUGAGAACCCUUUAGCCAAUGAAAUGACACAAGCAGAAAUGGUUAUGGAUGAGGAUAGUCCACAUGUUGAACAUGAAGAUUCGAAAGGGGAGUUUUUUGAGAUUUGCUCUAGUAGAAAGCUUCAGAUUCAUACUGAAUCAUCUUUGUUGCCCACUGCCUCGGUGAACCCGUUAACCUAUGAAAUCACAACAAAACAAAUGGUUGUUGAUAAGGAUAGUCUACAUGUUGUACCCAAAGAUGUGAAAGGGAAGUUGAUUCAUAUCUGCGCCACCAAUAAGUGGCCAGGGCCAGUUUUCAGUGUGGAUGAGGAACAACGGCCAGAAAAUAAGCAGUAUGUUUGCUCAGUUAAGAUUGAGAUCCCAGCUAUAGAGAGUACCUUUCACAUGAAGGGAGAUGCAAAAUUAUCGAAAAAGGAGGCAGAAAGAUCCUCAGCCUACCACAUGAUAGGUGCCUUGAAAUCUUCUCUAAUGAGUCUUGUCAUGCGUAAUCUGCGAAUGCUGGAAAGUUUAGAAUUGAAGAAGAGUUUAUCUCUCUUUGGCUCAGAGAUGGGUUCUGAUUUAGUGGAAGCAGUGGAGAAGAUCUUGAAUUACGGUUUUGUGAACAAGAAUCUUCUGAAAGAAGCGCUAACGCACGGUGAUCAUUCACCUUUGUUCAAACGGCUUACGUUCGUUGGCGAGCCCGCUCUUUCUCUCGCCUUCACGAAUUACAUGUACCUCAUGUACCCUAAGCUCGAACUGAAGAAUUUGUCUCUGUUGCAAGAAGCGAAUACAUGUAAUUACAGAUACGCUCGUGUGGCCGUAAAAAAAGGCAUCUACCAAUUCUUUAUACAAGAUGCUCUUUCGUCCAAAAAGGAAAAGUUAGAAAGAAAGAUUAAAGAGAUUAAAGAGUUCAUAGAGUUGAUGGGCAAAGAAGAUGAUUCUGAUUCUGAUCCAGAUCCAUACAGAUUUGUGAAAGCCCCAAGAUAUCUCGCUAGUCUUGUAAAUGUUGUAGCUGGAGCUGUUUAUAUUGAUGUGGAUUAUAAUGUACAAAGACUCUGGGAGAUCGUCAGGGGUCUUUUUGAGCCAAUAUAUACACCGGAUGAUUUGAGGCGGCAAGCUCAUCCACUUCUUACGCUUUUGUGUUUUGGUGAAAAACACGGCAAGCGAAUCGAGUUCAGGUAUGUUGAAAAGGGCGAGGCAAUCAAUGCUCAGGUAUAUAUUGAUGAUGAAUUUAUUGCUCGUGGUGGGGACUCUCAUAAGAAUAGAGCUGAUGCAAAGAUGCAGGCUGCUAAGGCAGCGUUACAGAAGUUGUCAGAAACUAUGCCCAUUGAAAUGGUUAUGAAGUACAUUGAAUAUGAAGAUGCAAAAGAGAAGUUGAUUGAGAUUUGCAACAAGAGGAAAUGGCCAAACCCGAUUUACGACAGUGUUGAGAGCUCUGAGGAGGGAUAUGUUUAUUCAGCUAAGAUUGAGACUCCAACUAAAGACGGUACCUUAUGCAUCGAGGGCAAUAGAAAAAGACGGAGAAAGGUAGCAGAAAACUCAUCAGCCUCCAACAUGAUAAGAGCCUUGGAAUCUCCUCUAACGAGUCUUGUCAUAAGUAAGAUGAAAAUGCAAAAAAAAAUAGAGAAGGAGAAGAGGAAACUGGAAAUGCAGGAAAGUUUAGAUGAGAAAUAUCCGCAAAUGAAGGAAAUUUUAGAUAAGAAGAAGAAUCCGCAAAUGCAGAAAAGUUUAGAUGAGAAGAACAAUCCGCAAAUGCAGAAAAGUUUAGAUGAGAAGAAGAGUCUGCAAACACGGGAAAAAUUAGAUGAUAACAAGAAUUCGCAAAGGCAGGUAAGUUUAGAUGAAAACAAGAAUUCGCAAACACAGGAAAGUGUAGAUGAGAAGAAGAAUCCGCAAAUGCAAGAAAGUUUAGAUGAGAAGAAGAAUCCGCAGAUGCAGGAAAGUUUAGAUGAGAAGAAGAAUCCGCAGAUUCAGGAAAGUUUAGAUGAGAACAAGACUCAGCCUUCAAAGAAGAGGAAGAGAAGACGAUGAAAGAGUGGUUUAAGUUUUUGGUUUGUUUGUUUGAAACAAUUCACAAAAGCUUAUGACAUCUCUCUUCUAUAGUGUUCUAUAGUGUAAUAAUUCCUCUAUUCACACACUUUUGUCAUCUGUGAAUUUCACAUUAUAUGCAAUCCUUCAUCUUUUUGUCUGCAAA